AGGCUUGGAGUGGACAGGAGAGGUCAGGAGAGGCCGGGGAGGGCGGGAGAGGCCCGGCAGGCCAGGCUCAGCAGCCAUGCCGCGGCCGGAGGAACGGCAGCCGCUGGUGGCCCGGGCGCGGCCGUGGCGGGUGCGCGCCGCGUGCGUGGGGGUGCUGGCCGUGCAGGCCCUGGAGCGCGCCGCCUUCCUCGGCGUGGCGGCCACCCUGGUGCUGCACCUGGGCGGGCUGGGCUGGGCGGGCGCGCAGGCCUCGCUGGCUGCGCUGCUGCUCCUGGGCGCCUCCUUCGUGCUGGCGCCGCUGGGCGGCUGGGUGGCCGAUGCCUACCUGGGCCGGCGCCGCGCGCUGGUCCUCAGCCUUGGCCUCUACCUGCCGGGCCUGGGGCUGCUGCUCGCCUCCGCCGGCGGCGACGCCCGCCUCGCGCUCUGCGGGGACCUGAGCGCGCCUCCGCUGCGCCCCGCGCCGGUCCGCGCGGCCCCGCCCGGCCCCUACUGCGCGGCCCCGCUGUAUGGCGCGCUCCUGCUGCUCGCGCUCGCCGCCAGCUCCGUGCGUGGGAACCUCGCGGCCUUCGGGGCCGACCAGGUGAUGGAGCUCGGUCGCGAUGCCACCCGCCGCUUCUUCAACUGGUUCUACUGGAGCAUCAACGUGGGGGCCGUGUUCACGCUGCUGGUGGUGGCCUUCAUCCAGCAGAACCUCAGCUUUCUGCUGGGCUACAGCGUCCUGCUGGGCUGUGUGCUCCUGGCCUUCUUCACCUUCCUCUUCACCACGCCGGCCUUCAUCUCCAAGCCCCCCAGGGGCAGCCAGGUGUCCUCCAUGCUCAAGCUCGCGCUCCGAAGCUGCCGCCCUGGGCUGUGGGGCCGACGCGCUGCCAGAGACUCCCAGGGUGCCCACCUGCUGCCUGACCAGAGGGCUCCCCAGCCCGGUCCUUCCCCGCAGGACAUCGCCAACUUCCGGGUGCUGGUGAAGAUCCUGCCUGUCAUGGUGACCCUGGUGCCCUACUGGAUGGUGUACUUCCAGAUGCAGUCCACCUACGUCCUGCAGGGCCUGCACCUCCACAUCCCCAGCCUUUCCCCUGCCAGCCCCACCAUGGCCUCGUCCAAUUCGUCCAUGACCCUGAGGGCCUGGGGCAGUGGCUACACGAUCCCGGAAGCCUGGCUCCUGCUGGCCAAUGUGGUGGCUGUGCUCAUCCUGGUGCCCCUGAAGGACCACCUGCUGGACCCCCUGCUGCUGCGCUGCGAGCUGCUCCCCUCGGCCCUGCAGAAGAUGGCCUUGGGGAUGCUCUUCAGCUUCGCCUCUGUGGUUGUUGCAGGGGUCCUGGAGAUGGAGCGCUUAGGGUACGUCCACCGCAAUGAGACAGCACUGCAGCUGAUCGGGGAGGACCUGCACUGGGCGGCCCCACUGUCCGUCUGGUGGCAGAUCCCCCAGUACCUGCUCAUCGGGAUCAGUGAGAUUUUCGCCAGCAUCCCAGGCCUGGAGUUCGCCUACGGGGCGGCACCUCGAACCAUGCAGAGCGCCAUCAUGGGCAUCUUCUUCUGCCUGUCGGGCGUGGGUUCGCUGUUGGGCUCCAGCCUGGUGGCCCUGCUGUCCCUGCCGGGGGGCUGGAUGCACUGCCCCAGGGACUUUGAGAGUGCGGACAGCUGCCGCCUGGACCUCUACUUCUUCCUCCUGGCCGGCAUCCAGGGCGUCACCGCCAUCCUCUUCAUCUGCAUCUCGAGGCGCUAUGAGAGGACGCGGCAGGAGUUGGCCUCGCCACAUGGCCCACACCCAGGCAGGGGCUGACUUCGCCCCUGCCACCCGCCCUGGACACAGACAGCAGGGCCCCUCAUGGCACUUUUCUGGUUUAUUCCGUACCCGACGUGGAACGCCUCGGGUCCCAUAAAUAAGGGGCAGAA